UCGCCAGAGCAGAGCAGCGAGCAGACGGAGCCGCCGUCCUAUGGCUUGAAAACGGGGAAUAACUGUGGAUCACGGCGGGUUUAUUGCGCCACACAAGCCAAGAGGAGCGACACAGCGGUCACGGACACGGACUGGAUGUUGACGCGGAUGUGGAUAUAGCAUCUUUGAGUGAGACCGUUGCCGCUUCGGUCGCGGUUGCAGACCCGGACACAGACAGCACGGAGACAGACAGAGGAGAAGUACCAGAGCCGCCGCGACACCAGCGAGCGAACUUGGCUUCUCUGCCCGGUGGGAGGUGUCUGUCUGUCGGCUGCUGCUCACACACCGCCUCGCUGUUCGGACACGGUUGUAGCCUAGCUAAGUUAUGUUUCUGUAAAUAGCUUCUUUCUUUUUUCUCGGGGUUUUCGGCAACCAACUGUGGCUUUAAUGUGACGCACUAUACUGACAUUUGUGGUGCUGUCGGAGCGGACCCCCUCUGCAGAGGAGUUACAGGCUUUUAAAUCAAGUUUUUUCCUCCAUAUUUCUGCAGUGCCAGCACAGCCCACACCAAUGUAAGAGUGACAAGGGCCGAAGCAGAUCAAGCUGGGCCAGGCUAGGCCAGGCUAGGCCUACCUAGCCCUCUGUCUGGCCUUACCAGACAGGCCAGCGACCUCUCCAGGGGAGUCCUAUCUUCAGCGAGCAGAGGCGCCUGCUCUUACAGAAGCUUCACCAGACCUCCAAAUCGAGCUGUAACAGAUUGGAUUCCAAUCAUAUUUUCCUUUAUCAGCCUUUGGGAGGCCACGCUGGUCUGUGAUAUCUCCAGUCCUUCCAUGUCGUGGAUGUCCCUCUCUGGAUGUUGGCAACAGGAUGGAUUCAGGUGUUAAUUUGACGGUUGUCACCACAUUGCAGUGCUUGCACCCCCCCUCCUAUCACUGGCUUUCAUCCCUUCCCUCCCCAAUCUUUAAGCAAAAGCCCCUGCCUCUCUCCUGGGGCUUCCCUGAGCCCUGCACAGAAGGGCCUUGUAGGAACUCCUGGUUGUCUUGUUGAAGCACUUGACAUUGCGAAGCGAAAGUAGAGUUACCCAUCCCUUCUUUUUUUUCUGGAGUUGCAUCUGAGGUUAUAGGGCUUUCAUUUGAAAAAAAAGAGCCUGCUAGUAGAGAUUUGUCUUGUACACAUAGGUUGGUGUGAUUACUCAGAUAAAAUAAGUCCUUAUUUAUACGUACAGAAUUCCUUUGUUGUGGUCUAAGCCUCGUGGAAGAAUGUCUGAAAGCAACAGCAAAGCAGUGAAAUUCAUUGCCCCGACCCCCCCUCCUCCCUCUGCUUCCCCCUGUCCAUCACCCCAGACCCCCCAUAAGAAUGUGAACGGCUCUGCUAGUUCAGACUCGCAUGUGGUGGAGAAGCUCAGCGGACACCCAGAGGUCCAACGGCGCCGCCACACCAUGGAUAGAGACUCAAAAAUAGCCGAGCACCGUUUCUUCCGCCGGAGUGUCAUCUGUGACUCCAACGCCACAGCUCUGGACCUGCCCAGCAAAGCAGCUGUGAUACUCACCUCACCACCGGACUGUGAAGGGCCUCCCACCUUCUUCCCUCCACAACCCUCGGGUCCUGGACCUGGGGUUUGCGAAGUUGAAGGUGGGGAGGUCCAGAGAGGUCCCUACAUGCAAGGCUUGGCCCUUCAACCUGGUCUUGGGCUCGUUGGGGCAGUUGCAGAGGCGCAGAUAGAAGAUGCCGAGGAAGUUUUUAGUGAGAGCAGUAUCACAGUUCCUGUUCCCACCAGCAGUAUUGUUAAAGAACAGAGCGCAGAGGGGGCGGUAAAAGAGCCCAGCCCGACAGUAUUGGAUGUUACUGAGAAAACAGCAGGCAAACAGCCUGACGUCACAUUGCGUCCCAGAGGGUCGGAGGACACACAACAGGUAGCAAAAGACGGGAAAGCGACAGAACAUGUGAGCAGUCCGACCGAGGAGAAAGAGAAGGAGACGGAGGAGGAGAAGGGGCUCGCCAAAGCACGGGCGGAGCAGAGGGAGGCCGAGAAACGAGUACAAGAGGAUAUAGAGGAGGUGGAGACAAAAGCUGUGGGGACUUCACCAGAUGGGCGCUUCCUAAAAUUCGACAUCGAGAUCGGAAGAGGGUCGUUUAAGACCGUGUACAAGGGCCUGGAUACAGAGACUACUGUGGAGGUGGCGUGGUGUGAACUCCAGGAUCGUAAGCUGUCCAAGUCGGAGCGCCAGCGCUUCAAAGAGGAGGCCGGGAUGUUGAAGGGUCUCCAGCAUCCUAACAUUGUCCGCUUCUAUGACUCCUGGGAGGGCCCAUGCAAAGGAAAGAAAUGUAUUGUUCUGGUCACGGAGCUCAUGACAUCUGGCACGCUAAAAACCUACCUGAAGCGUUUCAAGGUGAUGAAAAUCAAGGUCCUGCGUUCCUGGUGCAGACAGAUCCUCAAAGGCCUUCACUUUCUGCACACCAGAGCCCCGCCCAUCAUUCACAGGGACCUGAAAUGCGACAACAUCUUCAUCACGGGGCCCACGGGCUCGGUGAAGAUAGGGGACCUGGGUUUAGCCACACUUAAGAGGGCUUCCUUUGCCAAGAGUGUCAUAGGAACCCCAGAGUUUAUGGCUCCAGAGAUGUAUGAGGAGAAGUACGAUGAAUCCGUUGACGUCUACGCCUUCGGGAUGUGCAUGCUGGAGAUGGCAACCUCAGAGUACCCCUACUCUGAAUGUCAAAACGCUGCCCAGAUCUACAGGAGGGUUACUAGUGGAGUGAAGCCUGGCAGUUUCGAUAAGGUGGCCAUUCCUGAGGUGAAGGAAAUUAUAGAGGGCUGCAUCAGAACAAACAAAGAUGAGAGGUAUGCUAUAAAGAUCCUGCUGAACCAUGCGUUCUUCCAGGAGGACACGGGGGUCAGGGUUGAACUGGCAGAAGAGGAUGAUGGGGAAAUGAUCGCCAUCAAACUGUGGCUCAGGAUAGAAGACGUCAAGAAGCUCAAAGGCAAAUACAAAGACAACGAAGCCAUCGAGUUCUCUUUUGACCUGAACAAGGACGUCCCUGAAGAUGUGGCCCAGGAAAUGGUUGAGUCUGGCUACGUUGCCGAGGCUGACCACAAGACCAUGGCCAAGGCUAUCAAGGACCGCGUGUCUCUGAUCCGAAGAAAGAGAGAACAGAGGCAGCUGGUACGAGAGGAACAGGAGAAGAGAAAACUGGAGAUUGAACAACAACAACAGCUGCAGCAACAGCAACAACAGCAACAACAACAACAACAACAACAACAACAACAACAACAACAACAACAACAACAACAACAGCAACAGCAGCAGCAGCAGCAGCAGCAGCAGCAGCAGCAGCAGCAGCAGCAACAGGAGACACACAAAUCUUCACACACACAGGUAGAAGCAGAGGAGACGGAGGUGGAGCAGCAGCAGCUUCACUAUCAGCAGACCGGCAUCUCACACACAUCUGAAGGAGGUCUGGACAGUGGCCAAGGUUCCUCCGUUUUCUCCUCAGACUCCCCCCACCUGGGUCAGCUGACCAUGUCGUACAGCUGCCCCCCCUCCUCCCACCCCCCUUCCCAGCCCCAAACCCCCUACCCCUCCACCCCCUCUGCUAACCCACAGCAGCACCCGGGCUACGCCCAGCCGCCGCAGCAAAUGCCUGCGUUGCGCCGUCGUCGCAGUCGUAGCAUGUCUGUUUGCGUCCCCCCCUCUUCCUACUCUUUUUCCCAUGCUCUUCUGCCCCUGGCCAUUUCGCCAAAGCAGCCCUCCACCCCUCCUCCAGACCUGUCCUCAUCAUCCUCCUACACCACCGCCACCACCUCCCCCUGCAUGCCUCUCGCUGCCGAGAGGGACACAUUCGCUGGGCGCCUCUCCAAGGCCCUGGAGACGGUCCUACCCCUUCACACUGCCUCCUCUCUGCCCAGAGCCAGGCAGCGGAGGGCCAGCCUACCUGCCCUGUUCUCCACCCCUCAGCAUUCAAUGCAGCACUCGUACAGUGCAGGAGGAAGCGCAGGAGGUGGAGGAGCAGGAGCAGGAGGGAGCAUCCCCCUCCAAACUCUCCCAGACCCCCCUACUAUUUUCUUCCCCUCCAUCCCCGAGCGCCCCAUUUCCUUCUCGCCUCCUCCCACUGGGCCUCCUAAAGCCUACAACACCCAAAGACGCAAGAGCACGUCCAUUCUGGAGGCACACACCCGACACUUCCAGCCUGCCUACCCUCGUUAUGGGAGCAGCCUGCAUCCCUUCUCUGGAAUGGAGGGUGGUGAGCCCCCCUCUCUCCUCAUGGUCAAUCCUGGUUUUGCAGCAGCUGCUCAAAGACUUGGUGUGGGGGAGCCGCUGCAUCUCCAAGGACAAUCCGACCCAAGUUUGUACGGCUAUAAAGACAUGAGAGCCGAGCAUGAGGAAGCAGUGAGGAGAUUAAGUCUAAAUCAAGCUGCCUUAUUGGACCAUUAUGAAGCAAUGGCGUAUGGAGGAUACCCAAUGACUGCACACCAGCUUGGCCACUUGAGUUUCCAUCAGCAGAGGCAAGCAGCAGCUGCAGCUGCCGGUUUGGGUUAUGAGCCCGUCCCUCCACCUCAGCCAGGGUUCCUGCACUCACACUUAAUGCAAAGAAUGAGUGCACACAGCCCAAUCCCUCCCAUGAGUGCGCCCACUGGUGGCUCCUCGUCAUCAUCUGACGGCUGCUAUCCUCCACCACAGCACGCCUCCUCUUCUGCUUUCUCUAUUUCAGCUCCUCCAGUAAUGGCUGAAGCCCCACCACAAACUGGAAGUGUCUUUGAGUUCCAUUUAGCUGCAGCCGCUGCCGCUGCAGCUGCUGCUGGAGACCCAAACCUCCUGGCAUCCAGACUUUACCGGGCCAGACGGAGCUCCAUGGACCUCCCUCUGGAGGACAACACCGGAACUGGAUCAGGUGGUUCAGGCACGUACAGCCGUCUCCAGCCGGUGACAGAAGAGUUGUACGCAUAUGUCAGUCCUGAGCUCCCCUUACCUCCAGGAAGUCUUCUUCUUCACCACAUAAGUGCGGCCACUAAAGACAGAAGCCCAGAACCAUCCAGUGACUCUAUGGCGUCCUCUGACGCCGGAGAGUUCCAGUCACCUCCUCCCCCACCUCUCUCUGCUCCCUUUGACUCCUCAGCCGCUCAAUCCAUCCCUCACUCGUCCUCCACUGCGCUCUACGACUCACCUGGAGCAGCGUUCCCCAUAGAUCCCCAGGGACACCCACCCUCCAUGCAGGGCUUCCUCCCUGCCACUCCAUCCACUGAGCUUGGGGGAGCACCACCGACCCAGCUGGAGACUCUGAUCCAGGGUGCCUGGGCUCGGCAUGGAGGGGUGGUACCAGCACAGCCGGAUAUGACAUACCAUGAGUCAUUGCUGGCCAUGCAGGCUGCUAACCCCGCUCUGCAGGUUCAGGUUCCCACCCCUCAGCCCACUCCAGGACCCCCUCUGGUCCCUGCCACCACCCAGCCAGCUCCUCCUGGGACCUCCCAACAGGUUUCGUCCAGUCACAGUAUUACAUCAGUUCAGAGCCCCACACACUCCUCUCUGUCGCAGGCGUCUUCACAGUCGGCCUCUCAGUCUUCAGAGCUGUCCCAGUUGCAGCUACAGCCACCUCAAGUUCUGUCAUCCAUAGAGAGUGGCCACUCUGAGAUGUCAGGCCUGAGUGACGGCAACGAGGGAGGAGGAGGUCGCCACGAAGGGCGCUCCACCAAGCGACACCAGAGGCGUUCUGUGCGAAGUCGCUCACGCCAUGAGAAGAUCUCCAAGGCGAAACUCAACGUCCUCAAUAUCUCCAACAUAGGAGACAGGGUAGCAGAGUGUCAGCUGGAGACCCACAACAGGAAGAUGGUGACCUUCAGGUUUGACCUGGAUGGAGACAACCCUGAGGAGAUUGCCCAGAUUAUGGUCCAGAGUGAGUUCAUCCUGGAGAGUGAGAGGGAGUCGUUCAUUGAGCAGGUCAGAGAGGUGAUAGAGAACGCAGAUGAGAAGGGUCUGGAGAGAGAUGCAAACAGCCAGAUGGCAGGUGAUAUGGCGCAGCAGAUUCCUGCUAUAUCUGUCCCCAUGCCAGACAUGCCUCCCAGUGCAACAGCACAAGUGGUCCACUCAGCAGGUCGGAGGUUCAUCGUCAGCCCCGUACCUGAAGCCAGGCUGAAGGAACAAAUGUUUCCUACGUCUCCUCCUGCCCCUGCACGUCCAACUGAAACAGUUCCUCCAGCUGCAGCUCCAGCUCCAUCCCACACUCCCGGCCAAGGUGUUGGGUUGUCCCAGUCUGCUGGAGCAAUCAGCUUACAACAAGCCUUCUCUGAGCUCAAACAGAACCAGACUCAGCUCGAUACCGGACCCAGCACUGCCCCACCUGCCAUCCACUCCACCCACCCUCCUCUGCAGCCUGCAGCAGCGUCUGUCCCUGCACAGGCUAGCACAGUCACUCCUGCUGCAGAUCCCACUGCUGGACUUGUUCCCACUAAUUUAAACCAGGCACAGGAGCAGGUCUUGGAUGCGACUCGUUCUCCCCCUUCGUCCUCCUCGACCCCCUCCUCUAUGCCUGCUGUGUGUCUCAGCCCUCCUUGUUCCUCGUCCCCUCCUCCCACUGUGGUGAACCAGUCCAUCCUUCAGUCGCAGGCACUUCCACAGGCUGUGUCCCAACCCCAGGGACAGGUGCAGGUCCAGGGGCAAGCACAAAUCCAGCCCCAGGCUUUCACCCAGCCUCAGGCUCAAACUGUCUCUGCUGUCAUUGCUACUUCAGUUGCCUCUACUCUACUACCUGCCAGCAUCCCCCCAACAAUGCUCUCCUCCCCUCCUCCCAGCCAGGCUCUUCCUCUUAUAUCCUCCCCUCCCUCCUCCACUCUUCAAGCCAGUGAAGUCUGUGCCGAUCAUCCUUCAGUCUCUUCCACCUCCUUCUCUACUCCUUCCCUCUCUUCCACUGUCAUCCCCACCACUGCCAUCCCAGGCCCCCAGCUUGCUCCCUCCACCGCCAUCUCCCACUCCACUCCACCUCCCUCCACCUCCUCUGCUGUGGGGCUCCAGCCAGUGACUACCAAUGUUCCCUCAGUCCAACCGACCUUGGUCCACUCCCAGCCGCAGACGGCAGCCCUGCCUGGGCAGACGCACACACACUGUGGGGAAUGUGAUGCAAGGUGUGAGGCAUUCACCGAGUCCCAAGGCAAACCUGACGACAUCCAAGCUCUGGAGAAGAAGCUGCGGUCUCUCUUCAUGGAUCUCGGCGGAGGGGUGCCGUCCACCCAGGGAGACAUCUUAGCUGCUGACCCUGCCUCCGGAGCCUCCGUAGCAGGUACCUCGUCCCCAAUGGGCCCCUGCUCUACCUCCAGCACAUCUGUCACCACACCUGGCUCCAGCCAGUCGGUCAAUCCUCCUCAACCCCCAUCCAGCCUGUCACUGGGGUCACCUGCUCCAAUCCAGGGCCCUGGAACACCGAUAUCCACCCCUGCGCCAAUUGUCUCUUCAGUCAUCCCUGCUUCAUCCUUUGGCCAGACCACUCCAUCCAAAACUCCUGUAUCCAGGGUACCGGCCAGUUCUCCUCCUUCAGAACUCCUGCCAUCCUUCCCUGGACCUUGUCUAAUACAGUCCCAGCAGCCUUUAGAGGACCUGGACGCUCAGUUGAGGAGAGCGCUGAGCCCAGAGACUGUUCCUGUCAGCACACACACACAGGCCUCUCACGGUAGCAUACCUUCAGUGGGACAACCAAUUCCUUUCUCUCUGGAGGAAGCAACUGCUCCUUCUCAUCCUGCAGGUGGAAUUAAACUGGGAAGAUUUCAAGUGUCACUGGCUGCUGAAGCACCUCCUGUCCAACGCCCGGCCUGCACUGAAUCUUCCUCCACCACCUCCUCCUCCUCAUCAUCUUCUUCCUCCUCGUCCUCCUCCACUCUCUCCAGCCCAGAGAACACACUGCACAAGGACUCCUCGUCUCCUCUGAAAGGGGGAGGAGGAAAAGGAGGAGAUGUUGUGGAUGGACUCCCGCAACGUACUCUAGGAGUGCCCCACCAACCCUCCCCCCUCACCUCGCCCUGCCCCUCUCCUAAGCCCACCACGACCAUCGGGCGCUUCCAGGUUACCACCAACACAGAGGCCCGUGUUGGUAGAUUCUCAGUGAGCCGUGCCCAGGAGCAGAGCCUCGAGCCCAAGCAGACCCCUCCACCCGCCACUGCCCAGGCUGCUAAUGGACCCAGUAAUCCUGUGCAGAUUUUGAGUCCAGACUCGACUCAUAAAGCCUCGCUGCCGAGUCUAAACAACAACUCCUUUAAUAACUCCUACAUCAGCAGUGACAAUGACUCUGAAUUUGAGGACGAGGACUUCAAACGGGAAGUCAGCCACCUCAGAGAAAAGCACAUGCGAGAGAUCCAGGCCCUGCACUCCCGCCAGAAGGAGGAAAUAGACCGUCUCUUCACCAGGCUGGGAAAGGUUCCUCCACCUGCAGUGCUCCCUCCAGUGAUAGGCUUGACUGGCAGGAGGCGACGGCCUACCAAAAGCAAAUCCUCCAAAUCGUCCAGAACCAGCUCCACACACAGCAGCAAGAGUCCAUUACAGCCAGGCAGCACUUUAUCCGCCCAGAGCGUCCCCACCAUGUACCCCGGCCAGCUGGCUCUGUUAGCCCCAGGAGGAUUAGCCGAUUCGGGCAGCAGCACUCUGCUCCAGCCACUCAAACCCUCUCCCUCCAGCAACAAUCUGUGCUCGGCCUACACCAGCGAGGCGGCGCUCUCUGUGCCCAGCCUGUGUGCUCCCACCCCAGGGACUAAUAGCACCAAUGCAGUGAGCGGUUCAGGCGGUUUGGGUCAGAGCCAGGGGGGGUCCCAGUGUCUGCCCCCCAGCAUGUCAGCCCCCCACCAGAGGAAAGGAACCUUCACCGACGACCUCCAUAAACUGGUGGACAACUGGGCCAGAGAUGCCAUGAACCUCUCACAGGGUAAGAGGAGUGCCAAACAGCUGCAGCAGGCCCCAGUACAGGGGCACAGCUACGAGGUGAUCCAGUCAGCCAGUCUGAGCAGGAAGUACUCGGCUCCCAGCCAACUGUGUCCCAGCAGCAUUGGAGGUUCAGCCCACCUCCCUACAAACUCCACCACCGCUACCUCUCUGGCCGCCCGCAAGGGCUCCCUGUGCCACACCCCUGCCACCUCCACUCCACCUCAAUCCCAACCUCCUCAGUUCAUCCCCUACACCCCAACCGCCGCCUACAGCGCACAAUGGUCCGGUCCAGCUCACGGCCUGUCGACCCCACACCAGGCCCCAGCACAGCCUGGGCCUCUACUGGUCAGCACCUCCCAGCCCCUGUGCCCCUACCCCACCACGGUUGGUGGACAGGGCCAGAUUCCCGGGCAGGGGCCGCUCCAGGCUUUCCAUCUGACCAACUCUCUCCAGAAGUCGGUCAGCAACCCAGGAGGACCCAACCUGAGGACCACGUAGGGCUGGGGGCGAGGGCUGGUUUGAAUCACGGCCCGGCUGGACUGGACUGGACUGGACUGGUGAGGAACAACAGAGUGUUACGAGCUCGAUCGGCUAGAGAGGUUGGAAGAACUGGAGGGCGAGGAGUUUGAAAUUACAGAAGCUGCCCUGUUCAAGAGGAGAAAAGAAAAGGAGGAGCGACAAAGUCAGGAAUGCUAUGUGGCCACAUCUCCGCAGUUUGUGCGACGCAUCUCGCCUUUGCAUCCAUCCGUGUGUGUGAGAAGCCGUCACAGACACAAGUGCAGCCACACAAUCUCCCUCUCUGCCGUGUUUAGACUGUGGGCUUGUGACAGCCAGCCAAAUGCUCAAGGAUACAGGAAGAGACUCAUGAGUGCAAUGUUAUAAGGCCAAAGAGGUUUUGACAGGGUGCGGGACAGGUGUUAGUAACUGUUUGUGUGUGAGGUAUUGUGUAUGCGCACUUACGGCUCAGUCGCACUUGUUCCAUUUCAUGCUCUAAAUUGAGUGAACAAGUCUGUACAAGGCAGGUCACACGAUUACCCUUGUGAGACAACGGAGGGGAGAUGGUACAUCAGGAUGAGGGGGAUGGAUGUGUUGGCCAGCUUUAACACCUUUGUGUCCGCACAGCAGCUCUUAAUAGUUUCUGUUAAAACACUUCAGCUCUCAGAUUAAGGCAUGCACCAAUGCAGUUUUUCCAAAUGUAAUACAAGAAAGACAUUUGGCCUUCUAUAAAGAGGUAGCUGGUGGAUGCAGAGAGGAGCGUGGCUGGCCAUUACAUUAAGGUCCUCCUCUCUGAAAUCAAGCAGUGGCAGUAUUUCUGCUAGCAGUUUGCGUCCCUUAAAGGAGCAGUGUGUAGGAUUUAUGCCAUCUAGUGGUUAGGAUUGCAGAUUGCAACCAGCUGAAACUUCUCCAAUGUGCCAAGCAUGAACUCCCAGUUAGGAUUUCGUCAGUGUUUAUCCGAGGUUUUUGGCUGGUAACUAUGAUGGCCAACGCAAAAUAACUUAUGGCCCGAUCUAGGUCUUGUGUUCAGUUUGUCCGUUCAUGGCUGCUGUUGAAACAUGGCGGACUCCGUGGAUGACGAUGUAGAUAUAAACCGCUCAUUCGAAGGCGCCAAUAUAUCCCCCUAAAUCCUACACACUGGCCCUUUAAAUGUAUGAUCCAAAGGAAGGACGCAGAUAGCAGCAGGUUAAAGCUUUGAUAUCAGGUGAGAGCUGAAUGGACAGAUGCUUCGAGCAGAAUCCUAAGUUCAGGAAGUGUUUUAUCUUCAGUAUUUAGAAUUAGGAAAUGUUUCCUCAACCAUUCAAAGCACAAAAAAAAAGAACAAAUCAAAUGCACAUUGAGAAUUUGAGCGCCCGGAGCCGAGCCGACCUCGAGCCCGGUUCAAGAGUAAAGUAGUAGCACUUGGUGGGGUUAGGACUCGUCAGCCUGAGAGAAAUCGUGACAGCUGCUCCUCCGUUACCUUCCGUGUCUUGUUCCUCCCUCGUUCUGACAAAGCAUUCAAACAGACGGAGAGAGAUGGAGGGAAGAAAGUGGAUGAAGAGCGAGAGCAGCGAGAGAGUGUUUGUGUUAGAUAACAGUCAAACACCUCAUCUGUUUUCCCGCUCCACUGCUUACUUUAGGAACACACUGGCCGCGUGAGCCGUCGCCCGAGUACUGAAAGGGCAGGACAGAUGCCUCUGCACACCAAACGCCUCUUCACCGUCACGACUCCACCUCUUCCUCCAUCCCUCUCUCCGCCUCUCUGUUGCCAUUUGAAGCAAUAACAGCAGAAACCUUUUAGAGAUAAAAAAAAAAGCCCAAACAUGAGAGAACUCAGCGUGAAAAAAGUGGCCUUGUUAUCAGAAUAAUAUCAGUCCCUGUACAGUUUGUGUUCAUUUUUUAGAAUGUCAGCCAUGAUGAUUCCAUUUUGUGUUUUAUUUUGGUUUCGUUUUGUCGGGUUUGUUUUUGCUCACACACACACAAACACAAUGCAUGAGACAUUCAUAUGAAUACACACACCUGCAUACACACACACAGUCAUGUAAAUACACACACAUUGUCGGAGGCGUAGCAGCCGUUCAGCAGACAGAUUCACAGACUAAUGCCUCAGUUGUCAGUGUCAUCAUUAGGUUGGGUUUCAGCAUUCGUGUUGGAAUGAUUGCAAUGUACAUUGUCGUCAUAACUAUUGUUGUUAAUGGUUAUUAUUCUAUUUAAAAAGAAACAAAAACAAAAACGUGUUCUGUCGAUGGACCUGUUAUACGCGCACAUCGGUGUACGAUGUGGAAACACUGUGAUUAUUGUUGUUUAUUAUUAGCAAAUGUUGUUGGACAACAUUAGUUUUAGGGUGAAAUGUCACAAAUUUAAAACAAGAAAAAAACAGAAGCAUACAGAGAAUGGGUCGGGGUCCUUUCACUUUCAAUUCACUGCUCUCAGCAAAUGGAUUCUCAUCAAAAUGUGAAAAUUGAGAACACCUCUCUUCAAUAAUGGUCCUCACAUCCAGAUACAGAGGACACGAUUUUAAACAAAUGCCUUACAGACAACCAAUCAACCGCAGUUCCUUUUUUUUUUAACUGAUUGAAUUGAAAGUCGAAACUGACCUCCAGGCCCGAUUAUAAAGACAAACCGGAGUGAACGGCAGGAUAGUUGAUAUUUAGAUAAUAAAGUAAUGCUAGCUAUUUUUUUUUUCUUAAUACAGUACUUAUAUAUAAGACACUUUAAAUAGCCCUCCUCUUCCCUUUCUCCCCUGGUUUUGUUAGAUGAAUGUGAAUGUAUAAACCAAUGGUGUCCAUUUUAAUGUACUUGAAAAAAAAUGUCUCUUUUAUUUUUGCUUUCUUUUGCUUCCCCUGAUCCCCCUCUAGAGCCUCCGGUGAACACCGGAGGUAGUUAUAGUGCCUUGCAUCCUUCCUGUUGCUUGUUUCAUCGGUGGUUGAGGACUUGGGUUAAAGUCAUUAUGCGUGACAGCAUGUGGGUGGAGUUUUGAGGGGUGUCACUUUGAAGUUGGUGGUUAUAAUUGGACGACCUGGUGUUAGUUGAGGAGGUGUGCAGUAGAUUGGUGGAGAUGCAGUAAUUAUGGCUGUUGUUAGCUGCCACUGUGUGCGCUGUAGCUGGUUUGUGGUUGAUUCUGUUUGAUUUCAACUAAGAGUGUGUUUUCCCCGUAAAGAAAGAAUGUUUCUCCAUGUUGGAUUUAAAAUAGAUAAAUGAAAACCAUUUCUAUUGAAGGGUAACGUUGGUAUUUUUCAACCUGGACCCUUUUUUUCCUAUGUUUUUGUGUCCAAGUGACUCAUGGGAACAUUAAAGGUGUUUGUUUUUGCCACUGACAGGCUCAGAUUGUUAUUGUUAGUCUGACAACAUUAUGGAAAGGAUCCCUACAGAGAAAGAUCUUUUUGUUUAAGAGUAAGAUCCAUUUUCUUUAAACUAGAAUCAGCCCUGAAAUCGCCAUGACCAAUUCCACCAGACUCCAUUUAAAUAGGCAUUCAUUUUAGUGUGUAUAGAGUCAGCAUAUUUUCACAUCUAUUUGGGUGAAUUAAGGGUUUAUUUCGAUCAAACCAGAGUUAGUGAUUGUUGGAACAGUGGGAUGACGAACCAGGAUGGCUUUUGUGAGUUAUAUUUUUUUCUGUGAAUGAAGUGUGUUUUAUGAUGAUAAAAUAACUGUUUUUUAAAUGGAGUCUGGUGGGUUUGGUGGUGGUGAUUUCAGGGCUGUUUCUGGUUCAACAAAAACCUCUAUGUCUAUGAAUAACAAUCUGAGCCUGUCAAUGACAAAACAAGCACCUUUAGUGAACGUAAAUUGACGGAGCGCAAAUGCCCCUAGUGGUUACAUUGCAGCCUGUUUUGCUGCUGCUGGCUGCGAUGCUAUCACUCAGCACUGCACCAGUUUCAAAAAAUUCUUAGACACAUUAGUCACUUAGACACAAAAAUACAGGGAAAUAUGGUCCAGGUUGAAAAACACUGAAGUCACUCUUUGACCAUAUCACUUAGCUCUCUGAAUUGAUAGAAAGACGAAUUGACCUCAACUCUGCUGCCAUUUAAACCAAUGAGACUGACCAUUUACGACUGACAAAGGCCACCAUUUGAAGUCAGUGUUGUUUCUGUGAAAUGAGGCUUUACCUCCACAUGAGGUCUGGCUGUGUUACACCACCAAUGUGAUGAAAUUUGGGGAGAACAGGAGAGUUUAUCAGUGCCAUUUUUUCAGGGUUUUAAAUGUAGAUAUUUGGGGGGAAGGGGCCGGAAUAUUCUUUUCUUCAGUUAUAAGGAGGGAGUUGAUUGUAUUUGAAGCUUGGACCACUCUGUAUUUAAGAGGCACUGGCCCUGGUGCAGCAUAGAGUCAGCAGAGGACGCAUUGGUACAGUGAACUAAAGUUACUUUCUUUUAAUGUUGAUGUAUUUCUAAUGUAGCAUAGAUUUUCGUUACCAAAACAUCAAUCUAAUCCUUUUUUUGACCUGCAUGUAAAAUCAGCUGAAAUCAAAGGACUGGUAGUGAUGGUAGAGGUCGUGGUGUUUUGCCCUUCUAUCAGUUGAAGUGGGUUUAACAGGAAUGGCGGUGCUGCUCUGCUCUAAAGGUCCAGUUGGCUUGUAAAAUAGUGCGAGUGGCUCAUGAUGAUGUCAUGGCGUCUGGAUUAUUAAACGAUAAAUGAACAAUCAGAUUUGACUGUAACCAAAUAAGCCACCAAUUGUCCAACUGAGCUCCGCCUGUAUCAAACAAUCACAGCAUUUACAUGCACCAAAUAUUCAGUUUUUUGCCCUUAUUCCAAAAAAGGCAGUAUUUCUAUUAAGCUGUUUACAUGUCGAAUGAAAAAGCCGUGCAUACUCACAUUAAUGUGCUCUCACAUGUCGUUUAUCUCAUCUAAAAAUGGAAAAGUGAAACGUCUCUAGCUGCGUCAAAAUAGGAUUUACUUCAGAGUUUCCCAUCGGUGGCGGACUUGUUCGACGAUGCAAACACAGCCUCCCUUUUUCAUUCCUUCAACUGCAUUCUUGAAAAGGUUGGCGUAUUCGCGAACAUCCAAAAAACCUGUUGAUACCCAAGCCUUUCAUAAUGUUUAAAAGUUUCUUCUUCCGAUCAGAGACAUGAGCUUGUUUUUUGUGCUUGCAUUGCUACACCAGCCUUGCAGCUGAUGGUGAGAUGGCUUGUGUGAAACGUAUUCUUGACAACACACAGGGCCGAUCAAAAACAGGCAAGAGGCUGUGUGUUGCAAACUGCAUUGCAGCUGAGAAACAUGUUUCAAAUGCGCGGUAUACAGGCCCAAAGAAUGCUCCUAAAACCCAAAUAAUAGCGGCGUAUCCCACGUCUUAAUUAUUCGGAAUAUCCAAACAGAAUAUGCUUUUUACAUGAACCGAAUCAAAUUCAGAAAACUGUCAUAAUCUGAAUAAAAGUGGAAUAUUAGUGUGCAUGUAAGUGUCGUCACUGAGAGCAGAGCAGAGAAUCAAAGAUGUAAAAUAAUAACUAUAAUAACUGUCCAAACUUUUGUAUGAAAUUGUGUUUUCACGUAGAAACCCAUCACUCAUAGUAGAAGCUAAUUGACGAAAUAUGUUUCAAGGCCAUCUUGCUCCCAUAGUGUAACCCAUCGUUAUCCAACUGUUGGCUUCCUUACUUUUUUAUAACCAAAAAGCAUUUACGAGGCCAGCAGCACUGUGCUGUCUUUUUAACAGAUUCCUCAUCUGAGAAUUGCUGCUACUGGGCAAAAAAAGUCUGCAAAAAGGUAUGAAUAUCACCCACUCCUGUUGUCACUGUACGUUUCUGAAGCUGCACCAUGCAAACCAGAACUGUAAGCAUUAGAGUAGAUGUAUACAUCAGGGCAUCACAGUGCUGGGGGUGGUGUUGGUGAUGGGUAGAAUGAGCACAGUGGUGGUUACGGUGAUUGUACUGGUCGUGAUGGAAGUGAUAGUGAAGAUGGCGGUUUUCGAUUCAAGGCCUUUGACACCCUGUCCUCUUUUUUCUCUUUUCAUUUGUCCGUGCAAAUGAAACAUAUCUGGUACAAACUUUGACAUUCAAUUAAAACUGCUUUUUUUUUGUAGUUGUUUUUUGGGUGUUCUGGAUGAAACGGUUACUUUGUAGAGUUUGUACAAACAAAACACAUCGCUUUCGCUUGUUUUAUUGUGGGACUUUUCUUCCAUUUCUCAUGAAUAAUAAUGCAACAUUUUUACUACUAGGCAAGUUUGGUUGAAGCUGUGAAUAAUCGUUGAGCCACUUUGCUUUUUAGUUCUGAUCUGUUAGAAGAAGUCAAACCUUUAAUGAUGUCACCGACUCAGUGCCAUUUGACUUGUAGUCAGUGGAGUGGAAACAUCAGAGGUAAAUACAUUUUCACUGCUUUUACUCACUGGAGCUGUUUUGGUUGCCAGGUUACAUCCUGGAUUUUCACUUUGCAACUGCUCGAGCGUCAAAUGAUUUCCACAGUAGCAGUUUGUUUUGCAGUGUCUCGCAAUUACUACGAAAGGAAUGCCUACUGUGCAGCGGCUACAAUGCAAUAUUAUUUAAAGUUACAGUGUGCUAUCAAGCUCCGAGGUUACAGUUGGGUUUGACCGUUACGCCCCCUGCUGGAGGACUGGGUGCAAUUAUCGUGAAGUUCUUUUAGAGUUGUGGUGGAGGACUCUUACUGUGAAAGGCUCCAGAGUUAUCCAGUGCGGACACUCUUAUUGUGAAGUUUCCUGAAGUUAAAGUGGGAAAGUAGGAUUCUUUGUUUUUUCGGGUGACACACACAUAGUGUAGCAAUAGUUGUUUUGGACUCACUCGCAUUAGAUUCAGUUUUCUGCCUGAUCAGGACUCGCUAACCUUUACGCUUUUUACUGUAGAAGUGCCCACGUGUAAAAAAUGCCUUUCAGUGCACCAACACCACACACACACACACACACACAUACAGAUUGACUCAGUGCAUCUCCUUGCUGUUUCAUGUAGCUUGCUCCUGUGGAAUGAUGUCGAGUCUCACAGCAACAGUUCUCUCCAGCUGUUACUGGAAACCUUUCUCUCAACACGUUGAUCAUGUUUCUGGUUUUUCUCUGAUGCUCUCAUGUUUUAUUUUUUAUUUCUCACUUGUUUUUAUCAGCAGUUGUAAUGUCUCUAGCGGCACCUAACUUAAUUCAGUGGUUUCAUUUUUCUGUAUCGUGUUUGACAUUGUACAAAGGUUGGAUUAAAAAAAAAACAUGGAUGAAUGAAUGAAAGGAAAACAAACAAAAAAAAUACAUGUAGGGAGUCAUCGGCAGCCUUUAACGGUAUGUUUUGCACUAAGUAUAGAGUGUUCAAGCUUCAUAUUAAAAAAAAACUUUGCGCUUUGCGCUACAAUACAAUGAAAUUUGUUACUUUAUUUGUAAAAACUUAAUAAAUAAAAGUUGUUUAAAUGAA